GAAAAGCACCCAGAAUCCCCUGAUCUAAACGAGUAAACAGUCCGAAACUGGGGCGUAAUCUUUAAGUUUUGCAAGAUACUCUUAAAAAGCAUUUCGUAAGCAUGACCGACAACAAGAACGAUAAGACGAAAGUCGAUCUCGGAUUGCUCGAGGAAGACGAUGAGUUUGAAGAAUUUCCCGCGGAAGGUAAUUUCUUAACGUAUUGGACCGCAAAGGAUGAAGACAGCGAUGAUAUCAGCGUCUGGGAGGACAAUUGGGACGAUGAUGACGUUGAAGAUGACUUCAAUCAACAGCUGAGAGCACAACUAGAGAAGCAGAAGGCUACAAAUGAUGCACCCAAGAAAAAUUAAUUAGUUUGUAAUGUACGA